GUUUCCCAGGCAGCUGCAGACUUAAAACAGUUCUGCCUGCAGAAUGCUCAGCAUGAUCCUCUGCUGACUGGAGUAUCCUCAAGUACAAAUCCCUUCAGACCGCAGAAAGUCUGUUCCUUUUUGUAGUCAAAAGAAUUUUUGAGAGUUUCCCAGACCACUUUUAACCAACCAAUGACUAUUCUGAAAAAAGAAAAUUGAAGCCUGUACAAAAACUUCCCGUUUCUUAACAUGUGCCAUAACACAUACUUUUACUUUUGUCAGUCCUUAACAUCUACCUCUCUGAAUUUUCAUAAGUUUCUAUUUCACGAGGGUAUUUUAUAUACACUGGUGCCAACAUACAAUAAAAUACUUAGUAUAAAA